AUGGAGUCCCCUAACAAGUCUAACAAGAUCAGCGAAGUGGUUCGACUCUGGCGGCUCCUCAAGAAGUGGAGGAACUUUGCAAACUCGUCGAGAACCGCCACAACUGCCGCUGCCAUGAGCCCAAACCGCAGCGGCAUUCACAAGAGCAUCAGCUUCCUCAAAAGAACGAUCUCUUCUCUAUCAUCAGACGACGACAACGACGACAGCAACAAAAUGAAGCACAGCAGCGGCAAUAGCAAUCUUGUCCCAAAAGGCUACCUCGCAGUCAGUAUUGGCGAAGAGCUCGAGAGGUUCAUCAUCCCAAUGCACUACUUGGACCACCCGGCAUUCAGGUUCUUGCUGCGAGAGGCCGAGGAGGAGUUCGGGUUUCAGCAGACGGGCGUCCUGAGAAUCCCGUGCGAUGUUCCGGUGUUCCAAAAUGUUGUGAAGAUGGUGGAGGGGAAGAAGAAGAAGGCGAUAAACGAUGGCGGGUUGGUGGUGAAAGAACAGUGCAGGCUCAGUACAGACGAGACAUGUGGAGGUCUCCUGUUGGACGGCGGUGAGAUGGGUCAUCGUCAUCUUCAUCCCUCCCGCCAUCAUCCAUGGAGCCCUUUAUGCAGAUGAAUUGUCUUGCCCUCUUUGUUCUUGCUUAGGUCUUAUAUGUUUGUCCCAGUUGCUUUUUAAGAGAUAUAAGCUACACUCUAUAUUG